GGCAGGCAGGUCUCUGCAACUUUGUCCUCUGCUGUUUAAUAGCAGCUUGAAACCUGACUUUCUCCUUUCGCUUCAGUGUUUUCCUCCUUUGUCUCUUUUCAUGUUGAAAUAUUCCAGUUGGUAGAUUUGAUAAAGUCGCCCCCCCCCCCCUUUUUUUUAAGGGAAAACAAUAUGCUUUCUAGUCACAGCUGAGAUAAGGGAGGGGUUUUUUAAUGGUACCGGAGCGGCUGCUCAGAAGCUGCAGCUUUGCUCGGGUGCUUGUGGUUGAUUCAUGCUGGGACAGCUCUUUGUGAAGCAGAGGGCGAAGGGGGCUGCCGGCUGGUGCUGCUGAGGAAGGAGAUGGAGCGCUUCUUGGGCUUCGUCAAGCAGAUAAGAAGAUCGAGAAGAAGAAAAGGCAAAAAGUACCGGCCAGAGGAGGAUUACCACGAGGGCUACGAGGAUGUCUACUAUUAUGCCUCAGAGCAUUUUCGAAAUGAGAGUCCUUACACAAAGUCUGCAAACCAGGCAAAGCCACCUGAUGGAGCACUGUCUGUGAGGAGACAGAGUAUUCCAGAGGAAUUCAAGGGCUCAACAAUAGUUGAAUUAAUGAAAAAAGAAGGCACCACCCUAGGGCUUACAGUAUCGGGUGGAAUCGACAAGGAUGGGAAACCAAGAGUAUCUAACCUUCGUCAAGGAGGAAUCGCUGCUAGGAGUGACCAGCUGGAUGUAGGUGACUACAUCAAAUCUGUGAAUGGAAUCAACCUGACCAAAUUUCGCCAUGAUGAGAUCAUCAGCCUGCUCAAGAACGUUGGCGAGAGGGUUGUUUUAGAAGUGGAGUAUGAGCUGCCUCCAGUCUCUGUACAAGGAUCAGGUCUCAUCUUUAGAACUGUGGAAGUUACUUUACAUAAAGAGGGGAACACUUUUGGAUUUGUAAUAAGAGGUGGAGCACAUGAUGACAGAAAUAAAUCUCGUCCUGUUGUAAUAACAUGUGUUAGACCUGGAGGGCCUGCUGACAGAGAGGGCACAAUCAAACCCGGGGACAGGCUGCUGAGUGUUGAUGGGAUCCGACUGCUGGGAACGACACAUGCUGAAGCCAUGAGUAUUCUGAAACAAUGCGGGCAGGAGGCGACACUGCUGGUUGAAUACGAUGUCUCAGUGAUGGAUUCAGUAGCAACAGCGUCUGGGCCACUGCUAGUUGAAGUUGCCAAAACUCCUGGUGCUGCUCUUGGGGUUGCACUAACUACCUCGAUGUGCUGCAACAAACAGGUCAUUGUCAUAGACAAAAUCAAAUCUGCGAGUAUUGCAGACAGAUGUGGUGCAUUACAUGUAGGAGACCAUAUUCUGUCCAUUGACGGCACCAGCAUGGAGUACUGUACGCUGGCAGAAGCAACGCAAUUUUUGGCUAAUGCAGCGGAUAAUGUCAAACUUGAGAUUCUUCCUCACCACCAAACACGGCUAGCGCUGAAAGGCCCGGAGCACGUGAAGGUUCAAAGAAGCGACAGGCAACUUACCUGGGAUUCGUGUGCCAACAGCCACAGCAGCCUCCUCACCUACCACCAUUAUAACACCUACCACCCUGACCAUUGCAGGAUGCCAGCCCUGAAAUUCCAGAAAACGCCUCCUCAAAAAAGCCUUCCAGCUUUGGUGUCUUCAUCCUUCUCUCCUACCUCCAUGAGUGCAUACAGCCUGAGUUCCCUGAACAUGGGGACCUUACCUCGCAGCCUCUACUCCACCAGCCCACGUGGGACAAUGAUGAGGCGGAGGAUGAAAAAGAAGGACUUCAAAAGCUCCUUGUCUUUAGCCUCUAGCACUGUUGGUUUGGCUGGGCAGGUCGUCCACACAGAAACCACAGAAGUAGUGCUGACAGCUGACCCCAUAGUAGGGUUUGGGAUACAGCUCCAAGGUAGCGUGUUUGCUACUGAGACCUUGUCUUCUCCACCUCUCAUUUCCUAUAUUGAGUCUGACAGUCCGGCAGAAAGGUGUGGGGUGCUGCAAAUAGGAGACAGAAUAGUGGCAAUAAACGGCAUUCCGACAGAAGACAGCACAUUUGAUGAGGCCAAUCAACUGCUCAGAGACUCCUCUAUCACCAACAAGGUCACUUUGGAAAUAGAAUUUGAUGUUGCAGAAUCAGUUAUACCAAGCAGCGGAACAUUUCAUGUAAAAUUACCAAAGAAGCAUAAUGUGGAACUUGGCAUCACCAUAAGUUCUCCAUCCAGUAGAAAACCAGGAGACCCUCUGGUUAUUUCUGAUAUCAAGAAAGGAAGUGUUGCUCACAGAACUGGGACACUCGAACUGGGUGAUAAGUUACUUGCAAUAGAUAACAUUCGACUUGACAAUUGCUCAAUGGAAGAUGCUGUCCAGAUCCUUCAGCACUGUGAGGACCUCGUAAAGUUAAAGAUCCGCAAAGAUGAAGAUAAUUCCGAUGAACAGGAGAGCUCUGGAGCAAUUAUUUAUACUGUUGAGCUCAAGCGCUAUGGUGGGCCUCUUGGAAUUACAAUCUCUGGUACUGAAGAGCCCUUUGAUCCCAUAAUCAUUUCCAGCCUUACAAAAGGAGGAUUAGCUGAAAGGACUGGGGCAAUUCACAUAGGAGACAGAAUCCUAGCAAUAAAUAGUAGCAGUCUGAAAGGAAAACCUUUGAGUGAAGCCAUUCAUUUAUUACAGAUGGCAGGAGAAACUGUCACCUUGAAAAUCAAGAAGCAGACAGAUGCUACCAGUCCCAAGAAAUUUUCUGUCCCUGUGGGUCACGUAAGUGAAUUGAGCGAUGCUGAAGAUGAAACCUCUGCUGCACAGAAAUCCAGCAAACUCUCGGACAUCUAUUCCACUACAGUCCCAAGUGUUGACAGCGCAGUAGAGUCGUGGGAUGGCUCUGGUAUUGAUACCAGCUUUGGAAAUCAAGGACACAGCUAUCAGGCUUCAGGAUACAACUUCAAUGCCUAUGAAUGGAGGAGUCCUAAACAGACUAGUCUGUCCCCUCCAAGCAAACCACGAAACCACCCUUUUCAUGAUACAGGACUGAGUGAUGAUGAAUGGGACCGACCUACAGCAAGCAGCACAGCUUCCAAGAAUAUGUGGCAACAGAAGGAUCCUGAGACACUGGGAGAGAAUCAAGAAAACCAUUUAAAGCAAACUUCCAUAGAAAGAUCAGGGGGUGAGAGCAUCAGGAGCAUGAAGAAAGAGGGCAAGCUAUGGAAAGGUGCCUCUGGUGGGCAAAGGAAAGGUGGGGGACAGCUGGAAGAGUGGAAUACUACCAGCUUUGCAGGUACCCAUGAUAACACCGAGGCUGACCAGGAGGAAAAUUUCUGGUCUCAGGCUCUGGAGGAUUUAGAGACCUGUGGCCAGUCAGGAAUUCUGAGGGAACUAGAGGACAAGGCUGACAGGCGUCUGUGUUUGAGAAACAUGACUCUCUUGGCCACAAUUAUGUCAGGAAGUACAAUGAGUUUGAAUCACGAAAACCCACAACCUCGUAGCCAGCUGGGAAGACAAGCCAGCUUCCAGGAAAGAAGUACUGUAAGGCCACAUUACAGUCAAACUACCCGUAGCAACACAUUGCCGUCAGAUGUGGGGAGAAAGUCCAUGGUUCUGAGAAAAAUUAAGCAAGAAAUGAAAGAAAUCAUGUCACCAACUCCUGUGGAGUUACACAAGGUAACUUUGUACAAAGAUGCUGAUGGAGAAGACUUUGGGUUCAGUGUCUCAGAUGGUUUAUUGGAAAAAGGAGUGUAUGUUAAAAACAUUCGACCAGCUGGCCCUGGCGAUCUGGGAGGUUUAAAACCGUACGACAGACUUUUACAGGUAAACCACGUUCGCACCAGAGACUUUGACUGCUGUCUAGUUGUGCCCCUCAUCGCCGAAUCCGGCAAUAAGCUGGAGCUGGUGAUUAGCAGAAACCCCCUGGCAUCUCAGAAAGGAAGCUCAGAACAACAGACUUCAGCAAGUGGGGAAUGGAGUGACCAGAACAAUGCCUUCCUUCAACAAAGUGGACACGCUAAUGUUAACGCAGAGACACGGGAUCCUACAAACACAUUAUAGCAGA